UUCAUUCCCAGUGUUGGAGUGACAAGUGUCGCAGUCCAGUUUGUAAUGGCACAGUUUUUAUACGCUACAGUACAGUCAACGAAUAGUGUCCACCACAUGCUAGCGAGUUGUGGGAAAGAGGUGUGGAACUUUUCUAUCUUCAGGUUGUGAGAAAUAGAUUAAAUAUGGAAUGUAAUGAAAUUACUUUGACUAGUGCUGUUGUCCACAAUAGUAUGGCGUCCAACUUCUUAGCGCCUGUGAAGACAGAGCAACAAAUAUAUGAAAAUUCUAUGUUAGAAGAUGAUCCAAACGCCAAUUCGGCGGUAACCAACGAAGAAAAAAUAAUUCCAAGGUGGGGCCCUCAUCACAAAGGCGCGCAGGAGUUAGCUAACCUGUACAGUAGAGGUAAAAGAACGCAGGAAUGUAUCUGCGUGGGAAUUUGUAUUACUUUAAUGCUGGUGAACUUCAUAUUCAUUGUAAUCCAUUUUCGACUGGAAAAUCUCAGCACGAUACUUACAGCAGCAUUAUGUGGUAUUGUUACUGCCGAUCUGGGGUCUGGUUUGGUGCACUGGGGAGCUGACACAUGGGGAUCAGUGGAACUUCCCAUCAUUGGAAAGAAUUUUCUGAGGCCUUUUCGUGAACAUCACAUCGAUCCAACUUCAAUUACAAGGCAUGAUUUUAUUGAAACUAAUGGAGAUAACUUCAUGCUGACGAUUCCUUUCUUGGCUUUUAUGACAUGGGAGUUCAUUACGCUUACAGAAGAAGAGGUACAGAAGAAAUUUUCGUGGUGCUGUUAUUUGUUUUUGUUGGCUAUUUUUGUAGCUAUGACUAAUCAGAUCCACAAGUGGUCACAUACAUACUUUGGAUUGCCGCGUUGGGUUGUUCUUUUACAAGAGUAUCACAUAAUACUCCCACGAAGACAUCAUCGGAUUCACCAUGUUGCACCUCACGAAACCUAUUUUUGCAUAACUACAGGGUGGCUUAACUGGCCAUUAGAGAAGAUACGUUUUUGGCAAAUGUUGGAGUGUGUAAUUGAAUUCUUGACUGGUUGUAAGCCGAGAGCAGAUGACUUUAAGUGGGCACAAAAGAGAACGUGAGGUGAAACACUGGGCUUGUGCCUAGACUUUUCUCAGGAGAAAGAUCUUUGUUGAACAUACUUUUAUACCUACUAAAUACAACAUCACUUUUUUUAAGUUAUGCCAUUUUUUGCAUCUGGAAUCUCACGAGGAUGAGUCUGGAGCUUAAUGUUUGGUCAUUUGUUCCCAGUUUUUUGGGAACUAAAUUGAAGAAAAACUGUUUGCCCUUUCUUCCCUGAAUGUGUUGACUUUAUGAACUGUAAUUAAUGAAUCAGUGAGUGUAACAAAGGAAAUGGUGGUUAGUUUUGUCUAACCAAACUACUUUUAUUGCUCUGUUGUAAAUAUAUGAAAUAUAUUAGUACGCCACCUGGAA